AUGAGCACUCUUUCUGAAGCCUACAGCGAUCAUCCUCUCCAUCUCCACCAUAUCAUCCCCCUAGACUUUGAUUCAGUCCGAACCCUGCCCGACUCACAUGUAUGGGAUACAUCUGAUCAUGCCUUGGAGUCCGAUGACCGAUCAUCAAUACCCACGGUCGACCUCACCGAUCCCGAUGCUGGGAAACUGAUAGGGCAUGCUUGUGAGACAUGGGGUGUGUUCCAAGUCACAAACCAUGACAUUCCAUUGGACCUAUUAGGUGAAGUUGAAUCCGAAGCUAGAAGACUCUUCUCUCUCCCAGCAGGACAGAAAUUGAAAGCCUUGAGGUCUCCUGGUGGUGCCACCGGCUAUGGCAUAGCUCGGAUUUCGCCAUUCUUCAACAAGUAUAUGUGGCAUGAAGGGUUUACAAUCAUGGGUUCUCCUAUGGAUCAUGCUGAGGAACUCUGGCCCAAUGACCCCCAACGGUUUUGCGAUGUAAUGGAAGAUUAUCAGAAGAAAAUGAAGGAGCUAGCCAUGACCCUAAUGCACCUAAUUCUCAAGUCUUUGGACAUUUCUGAAGAAGAAAUAAAUGAGGUUGUUUCAUCUGGAGGCGCCAGCACUGCUUUACAGCUAAACUCCUAUCCAUUCUGUCCUGAUCCAAAUCGAGCCAUCGGUCUAGCUCCUCACACAGACACUUCCCUCUUGACAAUACUACACCAAAGUACAAAAAAUGGCUUACAAAUCUUCAAAGAAGGAGUUGGUUGGGUUUUAGUAUCUCCUACAUAUGGAUCGCUUGUAGUAAAUGUUGGUGAUCUCUUGCAUAUUCUCUCAAAUGCUCAGUUUCCUAGCGUUCUUCAUCGAGUGGUAAUGAAAGAGAACCAACAAAGGUUGUCCUUGGCUUACUUUUACUCCCCUCCUACUGAUUUCUAUCUCUCUCCUCUGCCUUCAAAUUCUACCCAAAUUCCUCUAUAUCGUUCUGUAUCAGUCAGAGAUUAUAUUGGCAUCAAGGCUAAGAACCUUGAGAAAGCACUUUCUUUGAUUAGAAUUUAG